GAUUCACCUCCGACCUGCAGGAUCAUAUUUUCGUGCGAAUAUCUUUUGCACGUGUAUUGGAUGUGUGUACAAGGUCUCAGAUUUGUGUCAUUUCUAGGAUUUUUCAACACGUGGCUUGAAAAUAAAUUCAAUGGAAACACUAUGAAAGAAAAUUAUUACCUUGGUGUGUUUUCAUACGUUACCAUGGCAACAGUUAUUACAGCUAUUACCGCCGGGAUGCUGCAUGAUUGUCAGCGUCGAAAAUAUAUGAUGACUGACAACUACAAGAGGAGAAGAUUGCCGGUUAUAUUGCCAUUGACAGUGACGUCAUUAAUGUCGAUCAUUAUUACGUCAUUGAUAUACGUGGAGAUAGAAGCGUUCCUGAAUCUAGUCUUCGUUUUGUUUACAAUCUACAGGUCCUAUCUGUUCUCGUAUGAGAUUACAUUUUUAAACGAUGUCUACCCAUUGACGUCAUUCUCUGUGUUGUUUGGUGUUCUACACUCGUCAGCAGGGUUGUCCGGGUUAUUACAGUAUCCUGUCUUUGAAUGGUAUAAGUCAUACACAGCGGCACCUAAUCAUGUGAAUAUAUUCCUGAUAUGUCUUGCAGUAUCUUCCCUUGCUCAUCCGUUUUCUUUAUGGUACCGAUGCAGAAAACAUCGUAAUGACGAAAGCAGCAAAUAUGUAGGAACAGAAAUAUACAUUUAGAUAAUAUCGUUCUCUUUGUGAUACCGAUGAAGAAAACACAGAAAUGAAGUUGGUAGCAAAUGUCUAGGAACAGAAAUCCAAAUCUAGAUAAUGUAAGGUUUAACAAGCCACUUUUUAUGGUACAUAUGCAGAAAAUGUAGAAAUGAUGAUGGCAGCAGCAAAUUCAACAUGUGCAUAAUAUCAGGUUAAGCAAGCGUUAUUAUUUCUGGUAACGAUGUUGGUAAAUAUCGGAAGGAUGAUGGAGCCAAUAUCUCGGAACAGAAAUCCUCAUCUUGAUAAUAAUAUUAUAUACUAUAAGGUUUAGCAAGUUAUUUUCUUUAUGGUACCGAUGCAGAAAACAUCAAAAUGAUGAUGACUGCAAAUAUCUAGAAACAGGAAUCCACAUCUAGAUAGUUUAGGGUUCAGCAAGUCGUUCUCUUCAUGGUACCGAUGCAGAAAAUAUCGACAUGAAGAUGCCAGCAAAUAUCUAGGACCAGAAAUCCACAUCUAGAUAAUAUAAGGUUCAGCAAGUUAUUUUCUUCAUAGUACCGAUCUAGAAAACAGUGAAAUGAAGUUGGCAGCAAAGAUCUUGGAAUAAAAUCCACAUCUAGAUAAUACAGGGUUCAGCAAGUUGUUACCUUUGUUUUAUAUUUAGUGUUAUAUUGUUAAGUUCAAUUUAUUAAAUUGUUUUUCAUUUGUUAUUGUUUUUGGUUAUUUAUAUCAAAUGUUAUAGGUAGUAAGUGUAUGUGAUAUAAAGGUAAAAGAAAGCGUCACAUAUAUUAUGAAUUUAACAAAAUAUUCGCUCUCUGACUCUCUGAUUUAGAAAGUAUAAACAUGUAUAUAGAUGAUUUUGAGAUUAGAAUAAGUUUGUCAUAUCUGCUACACAUCGUAUUCGGAGCCGCAAGUACAUUGUUGUUUAAUGUGAGUUGUUAUUUACUGUUUUCAAGUCUUUCAAGAUGGAUAUAUCGGCAUCUAGCAUAAUUUUAUACUCUUCAAAUAAAAUUCUUUUUGAACUA